AUCAAAGGGACAAACUUAGGCACCAUGUUAUCAUUUUUCAAAGUUUUUAUUUUUCAUACAGUUAUGGUGUAUUUUGUUUACACAGGCAAUAUGGUUAACGUUGUUGCUUAAUCUAAAAUAUAUACCAAAUUGUUCGUUAAAAAAUAAAUAAUGUGCACAGACAAAAAUAAAUAUAGAAAAUGCCACCUUGGGUUAACUGUACACUUGAAUUUGACCGCAGAGAGCAUGAAUGUAAGCCGUGUAAUGUUCAUCUUUGUCCGGUCCAUUCUGUCAUUGAGAAGGAAAAGGUCCAGAAUAUUUUUGUUUUGUUAUAUUAUAAAAACCAACGUUCGGUAGUCCAUAUCUGCUCGGGGUCACUUUAUUGGUAAGAGUUUAGUGGUAGUGUCGUAAUAGCUAAUUUAGUAGAAAUUAUACUUAAAGUUUACAACUAACGGCUGUAGUAUUAUUAGUGGAAGUAGUGUAGUAGUAGUAGUUAAUCACUUAAUUAAAACCGUAGGAAUUAAUUUUAAACACGUUCAGUACACAGUUUGAUCUUUUCAUUAAACAGUGAUAGGUAGUACAUUUAAAAUGUAAGAAGCAUAAGUAAAAUGUUGAUUUUUGGCUUAUUUGAUAAACCGGAAGUUUGCCUUUUCUUUAUUUCCUCUGAUGACAAGCUUUACGUUUCUUCUAGUUUUUUUGUCGAAUUAAGUCUAUUCUGGAAUGCGUUUGCGGUUGAUUUUGUGCGUAUCACCUCCAGGCCCCCUUUCCGCGAUUUUUUUUUCAUCCAUUUUUUUAAUUAUUUAUUUCCGAGUAAACUGCAGUGUUGAUAUAAAAACACCGAUGGUGGAAUAAUUGAGGGGACAACUCGGGAUUAUAACGUCAUCAGCGACCUCACAGCUCCGGCUUUUUAAAUCCAGAGACAUGGCUCGACCUCGGCCGCGGGAAUACAAGGCUGGAGAGCUGGUUUUCGCUAAGAUGAAGGGAUACCCGCACUGGCCAGCGAGGAUUGACGAGCUUCCAGAAGGUGCCGUCAAACCACCUGCCAACAAAUAUCCCAUCUUCUUCUUCGGGACCCAUGAAACUGCAUUUUUAGGCCCCAAGGAUCUUCUGCCCUACAAGGAGUACAAAGACAAAUUUGGGAAAUCCAACAAGAGGAAAGGCUUCAACGAGGGUCUGUGGGAGAUCGAGAACAACCCCAGAGUCAAGUUCACAGGUUAUCAGGACAUUCAGCAGCAGAGUUCUUCAGAAACAGAGGAAGGAGGCAAUGUGGCCGAUGGCAAAAGAAAGGGUGAGGGCGAGGAGGGUGAAGAGGGCGAGGAGGGCGAAGAGGGUGAGGAGGGCGACUCAGUGGAGGAGGAAGACGACAAAGACAAACUGAAGAGGGACAAGACAGGAUCCAAGAGGAAAAAGACGGCCACGUCUAAGAAAUCCUCCAAACUGUCCAGGAUCUCGGCAGAAGACGACAACCUGGAAAAGGAGGGAAAAGACGACGACCAGAAGAGCGGCUCAGAGGGGGGAGACGCUGACAAUGACAUCAUGGAAAACAUCAGCGACUGUAAGAACCAGCUGCUCAUAGAGGAACACUGAGACGGCCACAGGGAAACCCUUCUUUGUAGCUGCACUGUUGAAAAGAUGAAUUUCCGACAUGAUUUCUCAUCAGCACCCUCUACUGGCUACCAUUAUCACCUCCUCCUCUUCUCUUCUGAAAAAAUGAGUUUGUACAAAAGCUGCACUUGACAUCGGUCGUCACGUGGAUACCAGGGUAAAUCUGGGCACUUCUGUCUGUGCACUGUACACGUUUUUGUUUUGUUUUUAUUUGUGUCACAUACGUUAACGUACAAUUUUUAGAUGGUCGGAGGUUGAAACAGAAUUAUUAGGUUAUUUUUUCAGCUAUACAUCAGUGAAACCAAACAGAAAUGCAGUAAAUGUUGGCUUUUGUGUUCACGAAGGCAACUAUGAAAUGAUUUUAAAAUUCAUAAAUCUUAAAGUCUGUGGACAGAGAUGAGAGAAAGAAAGACGACGCUUCUCAUUCCUGCAGUAUUUCAGUUCAGACAAACUGUAUUUGUUUGACACGUAAACUCCAAAGUUACUCCAAAGGUACCUUGCAGUGUAAAACCAUGUACAUAUCACUCAGAUGUGGUGGUGGGGGGGGCGGGGGCAGAGGGAGGGUCUUAGCGGCUCAUCUUCUUUCCACUGACUUGUGUAGAUAACCAUGGUUCAGUAUUUAUACCAGACUAUAAAACACACGAUCACAUGUCGCUGUGUACAAACACACAUUUGAUAAGACCUCGGCAUCUAUAUACUUAUAUAUAUACUCCUACUCUCUAUGAUACUGUAUAUGUUGGGUAUUGCGGUGUUACUGAUGAUUCUAGUCGUAGCUUUAUUUUUCUUUACUUUUUUUUUUUUUUUUUACAAUAAUAAAUGCAGAAAGGAUUCUGGAACAUUCUGUACCCGUUCAACAUGAUCCAUCACCACACCACUGUGUGUUAGUCAUGUAUGUAACCAGGAAAAGAAUUAAUGGAAAUACAUAGUUAAAUGUAUGACGUGUUGUGCACAAUGUGGGUUACACAUUGUAACCCAGUUAUUAGACUAUAUGUGUCUGUUUUCUAAUUUUGGUUGUAGGUCAUAGGUUCACUGUUCUGCUCUAGGUAACGGCCCCUGUUUUUUAUGAAGGGUGUGAAGCAUCUGUGUAUCUGUGAACUAGAUCUCUGUAAAUUGAUUAGCUUUCUACAGUGGCAUGCUCUGUUGUGCUUCAUGUCAUUGUUUUUUUUUAUUUUUUUUGGGGAGGGGUUUAAAUCGAAGAUACAGCACACGUUUUAUCACUCUUGACUAAGUGUUUUGAAAUGAUACGUUAAAAUA